GGUCUAAUGCGGCCGGGAUGAGAGAGGAGAGUUUUUAGGAGGGUAGUUGCAUUCUAAGUAAGGGACUCUGCUGGGGUAAAAGAGGCGCGAACGUUGCAAGAAGGGAGUGCGGGAGUUGAGCAGGCACCUCUGCAGGAAAUGGAUGCUGUCCAGGUGCUGGUGGGCGCCCCGGGGCUACGUGGCGAAGCAGCUCAGCCGGUCCAAUCAGAGCGCGUCCGGGGCUCGGGUUUCGCGAUCUUUAAGUGAUUGAGGCAGAUCCACACGCGGCACCUGGCCAUGCGCUCAGCUCUCCCGCCACGGGAUGGUGCCUUGAGUGAAUGACCCCCUUGGAGAACAUUCUUCUGCAUCCCUCGCCUCAAGCCAGCCUCAGACAGAAAACUGAAGAUUCAGCAGAUCCAGUGCUUCCUGCUCCUCUUCUGCUCAGGAACACGCUUGCCUUCCCCAAGGCUUCUAGAAGCUCUGAGGCAGGAGGCACCCAGUUCUACCUCAUGUUUGGAGGAUCUUGCUAGCUAUGGCCCUCGUACUCGGCUCCCUGUUGCUGCUGGGGCUGUGCGGGAACACCUUUUCAGGAGGGCAGCCUUCAUCCACAGAUGCUCCUAAGGCUUGGAAUUAUGAAUUGCCUGCAACAAAUUACGAGACCGAAGACUCCCAUAAAGCUGGACCCAUUGGCAUUCUCUUUGAACUAGUGCAUAUCUUUCUCUAUGUGGUACAGCCGCGUGAUUUCCCAGAAGAUACUUUGAGAAAAAUCAUACAGAAGGCACAUGAGUCCAAAAUUGAUUAUGAUAAGCCAGAAACUGUAAUCUUAGGUCUAAAGAUUGUCUACUAUGAAGCAGGGAUUAUUCUAUGCUGUGUCCUGGGGCUGCUGUUUAUUAUUCUGAUGCCUCUGGUGGGGUAUUUCUUUUGUAUGUGUCGUUGCUGUAAUAAAUGUGGUGGAGAAAUGCACCAGCGACAGAAGGAAAAUGGGCCCUUCCUGAGGAAAUGCUUUGCAAUCUCCCUCUUGGUGAUUUGUAUAAUAAUAAGCAUUGGCAUCUUCUAUGGUUUUGUGGCAAAUCACCAGGUAAGAACUCGGAUCAAAAGGAGUCGGAAACUGGCAGACAGCAAUUUCAAGGACUUGCGAACUCUCUUGAAUGAAACUCCAGAGCAAAUCAAAUAUAUAUUGGCCCAGUACAACACUACCAAGGACAAGGCCUUCACAGAUCUGAACAGUAUCAAUUCAGUGCUAGGAGGCGGAAUUCUUGACCGACUGAGACCAAACAUCAUCCCUGUUCUUGAUGAGAUUAAGUCCAUGGCGACAGCAAUCAAGGAGACCAAAGAGGCGUUGGAGAACAUGAACAGCACCUUGAAGAGCUUGCACCAACAAAGUACACAGCUUAGCAGCAGUCUGACCAGUGUGAAAACUAGCCUGCGGGCGUCUCUCAAUGACCCUCUGUGCUCCGUGCGUCCAUCAAGUGAAACCUGCAACAGCAUCAGAUUGUCUCUAAGCCAGCUGAAUAGCAACCCUGAACUGAGGCAGCUUCCACCUGUGGAUGCAGAACUUGACAACAUUAAUAACGUUCUUAGGACAGAUUUGGAUGGCCUGGUCCAACAGGGCUAUCAAUCCCUUAAUGAUAUACCUGACAGAGUACAACGCCAAACCACAACUGUCGUAGCAGGUAUCAAAAGGGUCUUGAAUUCCAUUGGUUCAGAUAUUGACAAUGUAACUCAGCGUCUUCCUAUUCAGGAUAUACUCUCAGAAUUCUCUGUUUAUGUUAAUAACACUGAAAGUUACAUCCACAGAAAUUUACCUACAUUGGAAGAGUAUGAUUCAUACUGGUGGCUGGGUGGCCUGGUCAUCUGCUCUCUGCUGACCCUCAUCGUGAUUUUUUACUACCUGGGCUUACUGUGUGGUGUGUGCGGCUAUGACAGGCACGCCACCCCGACCACCCGAGGCUGCGUCUCCAACACCGGAGGCGUCUUCCUCAUGGUUGGAGUUGGAUUAAGUUUCCUCUUUUGCUGGAUAUUGAUGAUCAUUGUGGUUCUUACCUUUGUCUUUGGUGCAAAUGUGGAAAAACUGAUCUGUGAACCUUACACGAGCAAGGAAUUAUUCCGGGUUUUGGAUACACCCUACUUACUAAAUGAAGACUGGGAAUACUAUCUCUCUGGGAAGCUAUUUAAUAAAUCAAAAAUGAAGCUCACUUUUGAACAAGUUUACAGUGACUGCAAAAAAAAUAGAGGCACUUACGGCACGCUUCACCUGCAGAACAGCUUCAAUAUCAGUGAACGUCUCAACAUUAAUGAGCAUACUGGAAGCAUAAGCAGUGAAUUGGAAAGUCUGAAGGUAAAUCUCAAUAUCUUUCUGUUGGGUGCAGCAGGAAGAAAAAACCUUCAGGAUUUUGCUGCUUGUGGAAUAGACAGAAUGAAUUAUGACAGCUACUUGGCUCAGACUGGUAAAUCCCCCGCAGGAGUGAAUCUUUUAUCAUUUGCAUAUGAUCUAGAAGCAAAAGCAAAUAGUUUGCCCCCAGGAAAUUUGAGGAACUCCCUGAAAAGAGAUGCACAAACUAUUAAAACGAUUCACCAGCAACGAGUCCUUCCUAUAGAACAAUCACUGAGCACUCUAUACCAAAGUGUCAAGAUACUUCAACGCACAGGGAAUGGAUUGUUGGAGAGAGUAACCAGGGUUCUAGCUUCUCUGGAUUUUGCUCAGAACUUCAUCACAAACAAUACUUCCUCUGUUAUUAUUGAGGAAACUAAGAAGUAUGGGAGAACAAUAAUAGGAUAUUUUGAACAUUAUCUGCAGUGGAUCGAGUUCUCUAUCAGUGAGAAAGUGGCAUCCUGCAAACCUGUGGCCACCGCUCUAGAUACUGCUGUUGAUGUCUUUCUGUGUAGCUACAUUAUCGACCCCCUGAAUUUGUUUUGGUUUGGCAUAGGAAAAGCUACUGUAUUUUUACUUCCGGCUCUAAUUUUUGCGGUAAAACUGGCUAAGUACUAUCGUCGAAUGGAUUCGGAGGACGUGUACGAUGACCCAUCACAACAUUGAUAGCUGAUGUUGAAAUUGCUUGAGCAUCAGGAUACUCAAAGUGGAAAGGAUCACAGAUUUUUGGUAGUUUCUGGGUCUACAAGGACUUUCCAAAUCCAGGAGCAACGCCAGUGGCAACGAAGUGACUCAGGCGGGCACCAAGGAAACGGCGCCAUUGGUCUCUGGGUAGUGCUUUAAGAAUGAACACAGUCACAUUAUAGUCCAUGGUCCAUCACUAUUCAAGGAUGACUCCCUCCCUUCCUGUCUAUUUUUGUUUUUCACUUUUUUACACUGUUUCUAUUUAGACACUACAACAUAUGGGGUGUUUGUUCCCAUUGGAUGCAUUUCUGUCAAAACCCUAUCAAAUGUGAUGGCUAGGUUCUAACGUAUUGCCAUGUGUGGAGUGUGCUAAACACACACCAGUUUACAGGCAAGAUGCAUUUUUUGUACAGUAAACGGUGUAUAUACCUUUUGUUACCACAGAGUUUUUUAAACAAAUGAGUAUUAUAGGACUUUCUUCUAAAUGAGCUAAAUAAGUCACCAUUGACUUCUUGGUGCUGUUGAAAAUAAUCCAUUUUCACUAAAAGUGUGUGAAACCUACAGCAUAUCCUUCGCGCAGAGAUUUUCGUCUGUUAUACUUUAUCAAAGAUUGGCCACGUUCCACUUGGAAAUGGCAUGCAAAAGCAAUCCUAGAGAAACCUGUGUAACUCCAUCUGGCAAAUUCAAAAGAGAGAGAGAGAGAUCUUGAGAGAAAGAAAUGCUGUUCGUUCAAAAGUGGAGUUGUUUUAACAGAUGCCAAUUAUGGUGUACAGUUUAACAGAGUUUUCUGUUGCAUUAGAAUAAACAUUAAUUGGAGUGCAGCUAACAUGAAUAUCAUCAGACUAGUAUCAAGUGUUCUAAAAUGAAAUGUGAGAAGAUCCUGUCACAAUUCUUAGAUCUGGUGUCCAGCAUGGAUGAAACCUUUGAGUUUGGUCCCUAAAUUUACAUGAAAGCACAAGGUAAAUAUCCAUUUGCUUUAGGGUUUUCAUGUUGGAUCUGUCAUUAUCAAAAGUGAUCAGCAGUGAAAAACUGGUCGGACAAAAUUUAACAUUGACGUAAUGAAAUUCGAGAUGUAGGCAUUCCCCCAGGUCUUUUCAGUGCAGAUUGCAGUUCCGAUUCAUUUCAAUAAAAAAGAACUUGGAAAAA